CGCAAACAACUAAUUGACUUCGGUCGUCCUCUCAUUAACAACUAAUCAACCACAACUGACCCGUCGGUCUUCAAAUCUCUCACCACUUUUCGACUUUUCUCCAAGUUUCAAAAACUCUCCCAAAAACCAACCAUCAAAAUGCGUUCCUUCGCCAUCGCCACCCUCAUCUCGGCCGUCGCUGCCAACACCUACACCGCCUACUCGACCAAGAUCGAGAGCGUCAUCUCCUGCGCUGCGGACGUCACCGACUGCCCCGGCAGCUCCACCGUCUACCACGCCACUCCCACCGAGACCUCCACCACCUGCACCACCACCGAUGAGGCUCACCCCACCGUCCCGGCCACCUGGACCCACCCGGCCGUGACCACCUCCGCCCCGGUCUACACCACCACCCGUCGCUCCCCACCCAUCGGCCUCUGCUUCCGGCCCUGGCAAGGUCUCCUCCGCCUCCGGCUACGCCAAGCCCACCGGCACUGGCGCCCUUUCCUCUUGUAAGCGGAGUAAAUUCGUUGAUCUUCUCCUGAUGACGAACCUGUCUCUGUUUUUAUGAUUGGAUUUUACAUUUUCGUAACCUCUUCCUUAUGGGCUGCUUUGAUGGCGCUGGUUUUAAUAACCGCUGUUCUUGUGUGUUCUCCUCCUGUGGCGAGGGAACCAUAAUGCUCGAUUAUUUCUUCGUAUAGAG